AAAGAACUCACACAUCAAUCAUCCAUGUACAGUAAAAGCGGCGCAAAAAGAGUUCAAGAAAAUCACAGCAAACUCUGUUUUAUUGUAACCCAACUUUUCCCAGGCCAUUUGUGGUUUUCAUUUGAAACUCAGCUCAGCUAUUGCUUCUUCCGUUUUGCUUAAUUUCAACAUAUGGGUAAGCUUAUUCCUUCUAUUUUCCACUCUUCCUUUCCUCGAUAUUUUAACACCUUUGCUACCCACAUUCAAGCUUUAAGUGAGAAUUCCAUGUCUGUAAGGGGAAACCCAAAAAAUUCUGAUCGCUUCCGUAAUGUUGAGGAUGCUUUGGCUUCCUUUAAAAAGAUGAUUGACAAGUACCCACUGCCUUCAAUUCUGGAAUUCACCAAAAUAUUAUCAUCCAUUGUUAGAAUGAAACAUUAUGCUACUGUUGUUUCUAUGUGUAGGCAGAUGGAAGUAUUAGGAGUUCCCCAUAAUGUUUAUUCUUUCAACAUCUUGAUUAAUUGUUUUUGUCAAUUAGGUCAUACUGAUUUCGGGUUUUCUGUUUUUGGGAAAAUGCUCAAGUUAGGUGUUGAGCCUGAUGUUGUAACCUUUACCACUUUGAUUAAUGGACUUUGUAAGCAACGUAAGAUUUCUCAGGCUGCUAGUUUGUUUCAUGAAAUGAUUGGAACAGGGUAUCAACCUAAUUUAAUUGCUUACAGUACAAUACUUAACGGGUUGUGUAAGACUGGGAACACCAAAAGAGCUGUUAGGUUUUUAUCGAUGAUGGAAGAAAGAGGUUUCAAACCUGAUAUUGUAGCAUAUAGCACCGUCAUUGACUGUCUUUGUAAGAAGGGCUUGCUAAAUGAGGCUUUGGAUCUCUUCUCCGAAAUGAUGGUUAAGGGCAUUAGACCAAAUAUUGUUACUUAUAGUUGCUUAAUUCAUGCUAUGUGUAAUUCCGGUCAGCAGAAGCAGGCAACAAGGCUUUUGAAUGAAAUGGUGGAUAACAAUAUCUCACCUAAUAUUUUUAUAUAUAAUAUAUUGAUUGAUGCACACUUCAAGGAGGGAAUGAUUUUUGAAGUUCUAGAUAUUGUUAACACAAUGGGAAAGCAAGGCAUCGAGCCUGAUGUUGUCACAUAUAGUAUAUUGGUAGAUGCAUAUUGCAAGAAGGGAAUGAUUUCUAAAGCUGAAGAUAUUGUUGACAGUAUGAAAAAGCUAGGCAUUGAGCCUGAUGUUGUCACAUAUAACAUAUUGGUUAAUGCGCAUUGCAAGGAGGGAAUGGUUCCUAAGCUGAAGAUAUUGUUGACACGAUGCACAUUGAAAGAAGGGGAUGGUUUUGAAGCACCAGAUAUUGUUGACACAAUGAGAAAGCAAGGCAUUGAGCCUAAAGUUGUCACAUACAACACUCUUAUGCAAGGUAUGUGUCAACUAGGGAGAGUUUCAACUACCUUUGUGCUUCGAAGAAAGAUGCUUGCUUCCAGAAAAUUUCCAAAUCUAGUGACCUAUUUGAUUCUGCUGGUUGGUUUAUGCAAAAGUGGUAAACUUGAAGAGGCAUUGAAAAUUUUUCGAGCAAUGCAAAACAGUGGGUUGGAACUUAAUAUUACCUCCUAUACUAUUGUAAUUGAUGGCCUGUGCAAAGCUGAGCAUAUCGAAGAUGCAAAGGAAUUAUUUCGUGAACUCUCUGUCAAUGUUUUAAAACCUAAUGUUUGCACAGUGAUUAUUGGAUUCUGUAAAGAGUGACUGUCAGAUGAAGCAUAGUAGUUGUUUAGGAGCAUGGGAGGAAAUGAUUGAUUACCUGUUAUUAUGUAAUGAUUCAGGGGUUUCUUCGAAACAAUUAUACUUCAAAAGCAACACAAUUUCUUAA